AUGAUCUCCACACAGCAGUCACCCUUCCUCAACAAAACCGGGAGAGCAGCAGACUGCCAAACGGAGGAGGAAGAAACCUGUGAAGACCAAUAUGACCCUGAAAACUGCACUCAUGGCUCUGAACAUGCAUCAACAGCAGAAGCCAACUCAGAUUCACCCGUGACUCUUAAAAUACUACAGAACUGGGUUCCCAAAAUUUCCCACUACUUUGAUAAGGAACACUACACUUACGCGGGCCACCAGAUCGUCAUUCAAGAAUCGAUAGAGCACUUUGGAGCCGUGGUGUGGCCAGGUGCACUGGCUUUAUCUCAGUAUCUGGAAUCAAAUCAAGAACGAUUCAACCUCAAAGACAAAAAAGUUUUGGAAAUUGGUGCUGGAACAGGCUUGGUUUCUAUUGUGGCCUGCAUCUUGGGUGCUUAUGUUACAGCUACUGAUUUGCCUGAAGUUCUUGAAAAUCUUUCAUUUAAUAUCUCAAAAAACACCAAAGACAUGAAUACGCACAAACCUGAAGUGAGAAAGCUGGUAUGGGGAGAAGGCCUGAGCGAAGACUUCCCUGUAUCAACUUACCGCUACGAUUUCGUCCUGGCGAGCGACGUCGUGUACCACCACACAGCCCUGGAAGCCCUGCUAGCAACAAUGACGUAUUUUUGUCAGCCAGGAACAGUCUUGUUAUGGGCAAAUAAGUUCAGAUUCAGUACAGACUACGAGUUUUUGGAAAAGGUUAGCAAUAUAUUCGACACAACCCUGCUGGCAGAAUUUCCAGAAUCAAAUGUCAAGCUGCUUAAAGCCACUAUGAGAAAGAACUGA